CCUCUCUUGUCAUGGCUUUUUCACCUCCACAUCCGCCUCAUCUCCUUUCUCUGGUGCCGGCCACUGCGACACGCCCAUGCCGUCAAGAGGCGUGGAAGAUUGAGUUAAGGCUUUGGUGAUCGGGACAAUCACUACCAUGCCCACCCAACCGCUGAUGUUUCAAAUUCUAUUCCCCCCCUUGUAUUUUGCACGAGGAUCAGAAAUAUACCGAGGAGAUUCUCUUCGUUGUUCAGAGAUGGCUUCCACUGGCACCGUGGCGGCGGCCGCCGCUGCAAGUGGCGAAGGCGGCAAGAAAGAGAAGGGAGACGGCGCUUCCAAGUCCCUGGCUUCUCCGAAGGGCGGCUGCGGCGGCAUGUGCCUCUGCUCGCCGACGACGCACCAGGGCUCCUUCCGCUGCCGGCACCACCGUUCGCAGUCCACGGCGUGGAUGCGGCGGUCUAACUCCAUGCCUUCUUCCGUCAAGCCUUCGUGCAUGAUUUCCAAGAAUUAAUACAUGCAGCUAUCAAUAUAUAUAUGUGAUUUGUAAAUUGAAUUUGUAUUACGUAAAUUCUCUGUCGAUGGUCCAAUAAGAUUUGCUAGGUUUAUGCCAAAUCUAAUAAAAUCUUAUGUUUUAGAAA